UAAUCAAAAAGUUACUACUUAACCGUUUGCAUUCAUAAACUGAUGAAAACCCAAUAAAUAAGAAAACAUAAAAAAACAUGUUACUGUUUGUUUUACCUUUUAAAUAUUUACAGCUUUAAAUUAUGCAAAGUCACAAUCAUCAACUGCAAGUCUAUAAAUAGGACUGUGAGAUGAGAAUCAGUAGCAUUCUUGCUUUAUCCAAAAUGGCUUCAUCUUUAGCUAAUUGCAAUAUAAGGCAAGUUAUUGGCGUUUGUCAGCUCACUUGCACUGCAGAUAAGACUGAAAAUUUCCAAAAGGCAAAGACUUUGAUUGCGAGAUGUGUCCAACAAGGUGCAAAGAUGGUAUUUCUGCCAGAAGCAUGCGAUUAUUUAGCAGACAAUCAACAGCAUACAAUGGAAAUGGCCGAGGCAAUGGAAGGAGAAACUGUAAAUCAGUACAGGCAACUUGCAAAAGACCUCUCAGUAUGGAUUUCUAUUGGAAGCUUUCACCAAAAGCCUGCUGAUUCAUCGAGCAAGAAGCUGUACAACACCCACGUGAUCCUCAAUGACCAGGGGGAGAUUCAGGCCACGUACAGCAAGGCUCACAUGUUCAAUCUGGACAUUCCUGGCAAGAUACGGCUGUGUGAGAGCGACUACACCAUACCCGGCGAUAGAAUCACACCACCCGUCGAUACGCCCAUUGGGAAAGUCGGCAUGGGCAUUUGCUAUGAUAUGAGGUUUCCGGAGAUGGCUGUUGGCCUGCGUAACCUAGGGGCGGAGGUCCUCACCUAUCCAUCAGCAUUUACUGUACCAACAGGAAUGGCUCAUUGGCAUGUUCUGUUACGUAACCGGGCAGUUGAGACUCAGUGUUAUGUGGUUGCUGCAGCCCAGUCUGGGAAACAUAACGAGAAGCGAUCUUCAUAUGGCCACAGCUUGAUUGUAGACCCCUGGGGCGCAGUAGUGGCCGAGUGUUCUGAGGGCGAGGGUACUUGUGUGGCUGAAAUCAACCUGGAGUACCUCCACCAGAUACGCAGACAGAUGCCAAUUCAGGAUCACAGGCGACUGGACUUGUAUGGCCAGAUAAGCCUUCACAGCAAAGAUAACAAUAUUGACGGUAUCAAGGAGUAUGAAUUUGGGCAGCACAAGAUUGGGUGCAAACAAGUGUUCUUCAAGACUGCCCUGUCGUAUGCAUUUGUUAACAUCAAACCUGUGGUUCCAGGCCAUGUGCUGGUUGCCUCUUUGCGCAAUGUUCAGAGAUUCAGUGACCUUGACCCUGCUGAGGUUGCUGACCUCUUCAACAGCGUCAAGGUCGUUUCCAAGGCAGUUGAAGGUCACUUCCAGGGUACAUCACUCACCAUCAGUAUUCAAGACGGUCCAGAGGCAGGCCAGACUGUUCAGCACGUACAUGUACAUAUACUGCCAAGACGUUCUGGAGAUUUUCAGCAGAACGACCAGAUCUAUGAGGAGCUGCAAAGGCAUGACAAGGACCUCAGUGGUGAGAGGCAGGCAGGCAGACUGAGGCCGGUAGAGGUGAUGAAUGAGGAGGCCGCCAGUCUACGGCGAUACUUCAUGUGACUUAUGAUGAACUAAAACUAAUGGAUUACGGCUGCCAGUCAAAUGGAUGGGGGCUUCCAGUCUAUAGGCAUAGUUCAUGAGAUGAAUUAAAACUAAUAGAGGAGGCUGCCAGUCUAUACGUCAUGUGAUCUUUGAUGAAUAAGUUGAGGAGGCUGCCAGUCUACAGGCAUACUUCACGUGACUUAUGAUAAACUGAAACUAAUUGAUUA